AUGUCAGAUACUCCAACCACAAAGGAUUACUCCUCCUUACACCCUAGUUUACCGGACCACUUUUUGGGGUUAAAUUCAGUUGCCACUGCUGAACCAUCCAAAGUUACUGACUUUGUCAAGGCUCACCAAGGUCAUACUGUUAUUUCCAAAAUUCUUAUUGCUAAUAACGGUAUUGCCGCAGUUAAAGAAAUUAGAUCCGUCAGAAAAUGGGCCUAUGAAACUUUUGGUGACGAAAAAGCUAUUCAAUUCACUGUUAUGGCCACUCCUGAAGAUUUAGAAGCCAAUGCUGAAUACAUUAGAAUGGCCGACCAAAUGGUUGAAGUUCCAGGUGGAACUAACAACAAUAACUAUGCCAAUGUCGACCUUAUUGUUGAGAUUGCCGAAAGCACCAAUGUCCAUGCUGUUUGGGCUGGUUGGGGUCAUGCUUCCGAAAACCCAUUAUUGCCAGAAAAGUUGGCUGCUUCUCCAAAGAAGAUUGUUUUCAUUGGUCCUCCAGGUUCUGCCAUGAGAUCUUUAGGUGACAAGAUUUCUUCCACUAUUGUCGCUCAACAUGCCCAAGUUCCUUGUAUUCCAUGGUCAGGUACUGGUGUCAAUGAAGUUGAAAUUGACCCUACCACUAACUUAGUUUCCGUUUCUGAUCACAUUUACCAACAAGGUUGUUGUACUGGCCCCGAAGAUGGUUUAAAGAAGGCCAAAGAAAUUGGAUUCCCAGUUAUGAUUAAAGCUUCCGAAGGUGGUGGUGGUAAAGGUAUUAGAAAAGUUGACAGCGAAGACAAUUUUGUUACUUUGUAUAAUCAAGCUGCCAAUGAAAUUCCAGGUUCUCCAAUUUUCAUUAUGAAGUUAGCCGGUGAUGCUAGACAUUUGGAAGUUCAAUUAUUAGCCGAUCAAUAUGGUACCAACAUUUCCCUUUUCGGUAGAGAUUGUUCUGUUCAAAGAAGACAUCAAAAGAUUAUUGAAGAAGCUCCAGUUACUGUUGCCAAGAAGGAUACCUUCCACCAAAUGGAAAAUGCUGCCGUUAGAUUAGGUAAAUUGGUUGGUUAUGUUUCUGCUGGUACUGUUGAAUAUCUUUAUUCUCACGCUGAAGACAAGUUCUACUUUUUAGAAUUGAACCCAAGAUUGCAGGUUGAACAUCCAACAACUGAAAUGGUUACCGGUGUUAAUUUACCAGCUGCCCAAUUACAAAUUGCUAUGGGUAUUCCAAUGCACCGUAUCAGAGAUAUUAGAACUUUAUAUGGUGUUGAUCCUCAUACUACCACUGAUAUUGAUUUUGAAUUCAAAACUGAAUCUUCAUUAACUACACAAAGAAGACCAGCUCCAAAGGGUCACUGUACUGCUUGUCGUAUUACUUCUGAAGAUCCUGGUGAAGGUUUCAAGCCAUCUGGUGGUUCCUUACACGAAUUGAACUUUAGAUCAUCUUCCAACGUUUGGGGUUAUUUCUCUGUGGGUAACCAAUCAUCGAUUCAUUCAUUCUCAGAUUCUCAAUUUGGUCAUAUUUUUGCCUUCGGUGAAAACCGUCAAGCUUCAAGAAAGCACAUGGUUGUUGCUCUUAAGGAAUUAAGUAUUCGUGGUGACUUCAGAACUACUGUUGAAUAUUUAAUUAAGUUAUUGGAAACUCCAGACUUUGAAGACAACACUAUUACUACUGGUUGGUUAGAUGAAUUAAUUACCAAGAAGUUGACUGCAGAAAGACCAGAUCCAAUCUUGGCCGUUGUUUGUGGUGCUGUUACCAAGGCUCACAUUCAAGCAGAAGAAGAAAAGAAGGAAUUCAUCCAAUCUUUAGAACGUGGUCAAGUUCCUCACAAGAACCAAUUCAAGACCAUUUUCCCAGUUGAAUUCAUUUAUGAAGGUGAAAGAUACAAGUUUACUGCUACAAAAUCUUCUGCUGAUAAAUACACUUUGUUCCUUAAUGGUUCUCGUUGUUUUGUUGGUGCUCGUACCUUAUCUGAUGGUGGUUUAUUAUGUACCAUUGGUGGUAAAUCUCACUCUGUUUACUGGAAGGAAGAAGCAUCAGCUACUAGAUUAUCGGUUGAUGGUAAGACUUGUUUAUUAGAAGUAGAAAAUGACCCAACCCAAUUGAGAACUCCAUCUCCAGGUAAAUUGGUUAAGUAUCUUGUUGAAAGUGGUGACCAUGUUAAUGCCGGUCAACCAUACGCUGAAGUCGAAGUCAUGAAAAUGUGUAUGCCUUUAAUUGCCCAAGAAAAUGGUACUGUUGAAUUAAUUAAGCAACCAGGCUCCACUGUUAACGCUGGUGAUAUCUUGGCCAUUUUAGCUUUAGACGAUCCAUCCAAGGUCAAACAUGCUAAGCCAUUUGAAGGUACUUUACCAGAAAUGGGUGAACCAAAUGUUACUGGUACUAAGCCAGCUCAUAGAUUUACUUAUUAUGCUUCUAUUUUGCAAAACAUUUUAGGUGGUUACGACAAUCAAGUUAUUAUGAAGUCAACUUUGGAAAGUUUAACUCAAGUUUUGAAGGACAAAGAAUUGCCAUACUCUGAAUGGCAACAAAUUAUUUCUGCUUUACACUCAAGAUUACCAGCCAAGUUGAACGAUUCCUUGACCAGUUUAGUGGAAAGAAAUCAAUCCAGAAAUGCUGAAUUCCCAGCUCGUCAAAUUUUGAAGCAAAUUUCCAAGUCUGUUUCUGAAUCAGAUGAUUCUAUGUUAAAAGAUGUUGUUGAACCAUUAGUUGUUAUUGCUACCCGUUACCAAAACGGUUUAGAAGAACAUGAAUAUGAUUUCUUUGCUGGUUUAAUUGAUCAAUACUACCAAGUUGAAAGUUUGUUUUCAGGUGAAAAUGUCAGAGAAGAUGAUGUUGUUUUGAAAUUAAGAGAUGAAAACAAAUCUGAUUUACAAAAGGUUAUUGGUAUUUGUUUGUCACACUCCAGAGUCAGUGGUAAGAACAAUUUAAUCAUUGCCAUUUUACAAGCCUAUCAACCACUCUUGCAAGGUAAUUCAUCUGUUGCUACCGCUAUUAGAGAAUCCUUGAAGAAGCUUGUUCAAUUGGAUUCAAGAGUUUGUUCCAAGGUUGCUUUGAAGGCCAGAGAAAUCUCUAUUCAAUGCUCUUUACCAUCUAUUCAAGAAAGAUCUGAUCAAUUGGAACACAUUUUAAGAUCAGCUGUUUUACAAACUUCUUAUGGUGAAAUUUAUGCUAAGCAUCGUGAACCUAAUUUGGAAAUUAUCAAGGAAGUUGUUGAUUCUAAACACACUGUCUUUGAUGUCUUGGCUCAAUUCUUGGUUAAUCCUGAUGAAUGGGUUGCAAUUGCUGCUUCUGAAGUUUACGUUAGACGUUCUUACCGUGCUUAUGAUUUAACUGACAUCAAUUACCAUUUCCAUGACAGAUUCCCAAUUAUUGAAUGGAAGUUUAGAUUACCAGACAUGGCCUCUUCGAGAUACAAUACCAUUCAACAACCUUCUUCUGAUGAUGAUCAUGCUACUACUAUGAAACAUGCUGCUUCUGUCUCUGACUUAUCAUUUGUUGUUGAUGCCAAGACUGAACAACUUCCAAGAACUGGUGUUUUGGUUCCAGCUCGUCAUUUGGAUGAUGUUGAUGAAAUGCUUAUUGCUGCUUUAGAAACUUACCAAGGCGGUGAUGGUAUCAGCUUCCAAGCCAAUGGUGAUAAAGCUGAUAUUCCAUUGUUGAAUGUUUUGAAUAUUGUUAUUACUAACAUUGAUGGUUACGAAAAUGAAGAAGAAAUUUUGGGUAGAGUUCAUGACAUUCUUGAUGAAUACAAGCAAGAUUUGAAGAAUGCUGGUAUCCGUCGUAUCACCUUUGUUUUUGCUCACAAGAUUGGUACUUAUCCUAAGUACUACACUUUUACUGGCCCAGAUUAUGUUGAAAACAAGGUUAUUAGACACAUUGAACCAGCUUUAGCUUUCCAAUUAGAAUUAUCUAGAUUGGCUAACUUUGACAUCAAACCAAUUUUCACUGAUAACAGAAACAUUCAUGUUUAUGAAGCUGUUGGUAAGAAUGCUCCUGCUGAUAAGAGAUUCUUCACUAGAGGUAUUGUUAGACCCGGUUCCAUUCGUGAUGAAAUUACCAUUAGUGAAUAUUUGAUUGCUGAAUCAAACAGAUUAAUGGCUGAUAUCUUGGAUGCUUUAGAAGUUAUUGAUACUUCCAACUCCGAUUUGAAUCAUAUUUUCAUUAACUUCUCCAACGUAUUCAAUGUUCAACCUCAUGAAGUUGAAGCUGCGUUUGGUUCAUUCUUGGAAAGAUUCGGUAGAAGAUUGUGGAGAUUAAGAGUUACUGGUGCUGAAAUUAGAAUUGUUUGUGCUGACCAACAAGGUAACUCAUUCCCAUUGAGAGCUAUCAUCAACAAUGUUUCUGGUUAUGUUGUCAAGUCUGAGUUGUACAUGGAAGUUAAGAAUGCCAAGGGUGAUUGGGUCUUCAAGUCUAUUGGUAACCCAGGCUCCAUGCACUUGAGACCAAUCUCUACUCCUUACCCAGCCAAGGAAUCGUUACAACCAAAGCGUUACAAGGCUCACAACAUGGGUACUACUUAUGUUUACGAUUUCCCAGAAUUGUUCCGUCAAGCAACUAUUUCCCAAUGGAAGAAGUAUGGUAAGAAGGCGCCAAAGGAUGUCUUCACUUCUUUAGAAUUAAUCCACGAUGAAAAUGAUCAUUUGACCGCUGUUGAAAGAGAACCUGGUUCUAACAAGAUUGGUAUGGUUGGUUUCAAGGUGACUGCCAAGACUCCUGAAUAUCCUCGUGGUCGUCAAUUCAUCAUUGUUGCUAAUGAUAUCACUCACAAGAUUGGUUCUUUUGGUCCUGAAGAAGAUUAUUUCUUCAACAAGUGUACUGAAUUGGCUAGAGAAUUGGGUAUUCCAAGAAUCUAUCUUUCUGCUAACUCUGGUGCUAGACUUGGUGUUGCUUCAGAAUUAAUUCCAUUAUUCGACGUUGCUUGGAAUGAAGAAGGUGCUCCAGACAAGGGUUUCAAAUACUUGUACUUGACUCCUGAAACCAAGAGAGCUAUUGAAAAUGAUGGCAAGGGUGACAGUAUUAUCACUGAAAGAAUUGUUGAGAACGGUCAAGAACGUUAUGUUCUUAAGACUAUUGUUGGUUCUGAAGAAGGUUUGGGUGUUGAAUGUCUUAAGGGAUCUGGUUUGAUUGCCGGUGCUACCUCUAGAGCUUACAAGGAUAUCUUUACUAUUACUUUGGUCACUUGUAGAUCUGUUGGUAUUGGUGCUUAUUUGGUCAGAUUAGGUCAAAGAGCUAUUCAAAUUGAAGGUCAACCAAUUAUUUUAACUGGUGCUCCUGCCAUUAAUAAGUUGUUAGGUAGAGAAGUUUAUACUUCUAACUUACAAUUAGGUGGUACUCAAAUCAUGUACAAGAAUGGUGUUUCUCACUUGACUGCUAACGAUGAUUUGGAAGGUGUUCAAAAGAUUAUGGAAUGGUUAUCUUAUGUUCCAGCCCAAAGAGGUAUGCCAGUACCAAUCUUGGAAUCAGAAGAUCCAUGGGACAGAGAAAUUGAUUACUACCCACCAAAACAAGAAGCUUAUGAUGUUAGAUGGAUGAUUGAAGGUAGAGAAGUUGAUGGCGAAUUUGAAUCUGGUUUAUUCGAUAAGGGUUCUUUCCAAGAAACUUUAUCUGGUUGGGCCAGAGGUGUUGUCGUUGGUAGAGCCCGUCUUGGUGGUAUCCCAAUUGGUAUUAUCGGUGUUGAAACUAGAGCUGUUGAAAACUUGACUCCUGCCGAUCCAGCCAACCCUGACUCUACUGAAAGUAUGGUUCAAGAAGCUGGUCAAGUUUGGUAUCCAAACUCCGCCUUCAAGACAGCUCAAGCUAUUAAUGAUUUCAACAAUGGUGAACAAUUACCAUUAAUGAUUUUGGCUAAUUGGAGAGGUUUCUCUGGUGGUCAAAGAGAUAUGUAUAAUGAAGUUCUUAAAUAUGGUUCAUUCAUUGUUGAUGCAUUAGUUGAUUUCAAGCAACCAAUCUUCACUUAUAUUCCUCCAAAUGGUGAAUUAAGAGGUGGUUCUUGGGUUGUUGUUGAUCCAUCUAUCAACCCAGACAUGAUGGAAAUGUACGCUGAUGUUGAAGCUCGUGCCGGUGUCUUGGAACCAGAAGGUAUGGUUGGUCUUAAAUAUAGACGUGAUAAGUUAUUGGCUACCAUGCAAAGAUUAGACCCUACUUACGCUCAAUUGAAGGCUAGAUUGAAUGAAUCUAACUUGUCUCCAGAAGAACAUGCUCAAAUCAAUGCCAAGAUUGUUGCUCGUGAAAAAGCAUUGUUACCAAUUUAUGCUCAAAUCUCUGUUCAAUUUGCUGACUUACAUGAUAGAUCUGGUCGUAUGUUGGCUAAGGGUGUUAUUCGUCAAGAAAUCAAAUGGUCCGAUGCUAGACGUUACUUCUUCUGGCGUUUACGUCGUAGAUUGAAUGAAGAAUACGUUUUGAAACUUAUUGGUGAACAAGUCAAGAAUGCCAACAAGUUAGAAAAGGUUGCUAGAUUGAAGAGUUGGAUGCCAACUGUUGACUACGAAGAUGAUCAAGCUGUUAGUGCUUGGAUUGAAGAACAUCAUGCUAAAUUACAAAAGAGAAUCGAAGAAUUGAAACAAGAAACUUCUCGUUCAAAUAUUGCUAAAUUGUUGCAAGAAGACCCAAGUACUGCUGUCUCUGCCAUGAAAGAUUUCAUUGAAACUCUUUCUGAGGAACAAAAGGAAUCAUUCCUCAAAUCAUUGAAAUAA